UUUUUUUCUUACAGCCGAACUUCCGUCACCAGCACCCAGAGUAACUGAAUAACUUGCUGCAGUUCCCAUUUAAAUGAGUGUCUGCGUUAUCUGGGGUGAUGUUUGAUGCAGAUGACUGCACGCUGUCCUUGGACAGUCUGUUUUUUGAGAAGCCCAUUGUGCACAAGGUAAGACCAUUGCCCCUGGAGGCCAGUCAAUGGCAGUUAGAGGCACCUCCACCUCUUACACAUCUUCCAGCCACUCAGGAUAUGCAAGAGGAGGCUGAAUCUCUCUCUGCGUUAUACAGUCUCACACAGAAAUUCAAGCAGUCUCAGGCCCCUUCACAAGGACUCAAAGCCUAUUCUUCAAAAGACAACAGUUUCUACACGUUUAACGAUGAAGAGAGAGAAUUUGAGGAGACCCAAGGUGAUGGCACCAGGAACCCCAGCGCAUAUGAUGGUUGCUCAGGGGAUGAAGGGUUAAACGAUGACUCUGAGGGCAGAGAUGGAGAUGAAACCCGGCCGGACUCUCGUCAUGCUCCCAUGAGCGGAUGCUUGCCUGAUCUACCUUUACGAAGAAGCUUGUUCAGGAAUCCUGCGCUGAGCAGCGCUCGUAACUUGUCAACCAACACUGACCUCACGAGUGGCAGCGGCAACAGUAACGAGAAAACGUCCACACCUCGAAGUUUUCUCAGUCCGGUUGCCAUGGCCACGGGGCCUCCCGCUCUCCAACUGCCACAGGCUGCGGUUGGCCAUGCAGCACCUCCUUUCCCCUGUCUACCCCCUCCUCUGGGCUCAUGUGCAGCGAGCGUCCGGCCCCUGCAGCAGGCGCCACGUGCAGAAACGCUGGACAGGAGCACAAAGAGAGCCUUCGUUCCACCCAUGACGCCUCAGCCGCUGCACAUACAAGGAUCUUCUGGCUCUGAAGUCCUGCGACCAGUUUCAGAAAUCCCGCUUAAGUUCAGAUCCAUCUUCAGCGAGUUCCCCUUUUUCAAUUACGUUCAGUCCAAAGCUCUGGAUGAUGUUCUUUACACAAAUAAGAACUUUGUAGCCUGCGCUCCCACUGGAUCUGGUAAAACCGUUCUGUUUGAGCUUGCCAUCAUUCGCCUGUUAAUGGAGACUCCUGAGCCAUGGAGAAAAGUCAAAGCUGUAUAUAUGGCUCCAAUCAAAGCUCUCUGCAGCCAAUGUUACGACAACUGGAGCAAGAAGUUCGGUCCGCUGGGGUUGACUUGCAAGGAGCUGACCGGCGACACAGAGAUCGAUGACCUGUUCGAGAUUCAUGACUCCCACAUCAUUCUCACCACACCUGAAAAGUGGGACAGCACGACAAGGAAAUGGAAGGAUAAUUGUUUGCUGCAGCUUGUAAGACUGUUCCUUAUUGAUGAGGUGCACGUGGUGAAGGAUGCAACCCGUGGUGCCACCUUGGAAGUGGUAGUGAGCAGAAUGAAGGCAGUGAAUUCAUACAGAACAUCUCAGAAUCCAGAGGCAGGCGCCACAAUGAGAUUUGUGGCUGUUUCAGCCACAAUCCCCAACAUAUGUGACAUAGCAGACUGGCUGUCCAAUGGGAGUGAGCCAGCCACGUAUCUGAGUAUGGAUGAGAGCCACCGUCCAGUUAAGCUUCGGAAGGUGGUCCUGGGAUUCCCCUGCAGCGCGACCCAAACAGAGUUCAAAUUUGAUUUGUCACUCAACUACAAGAUUGCUAAUAUAAUACAGACCUACUCUGAUGACAAGCCAACACUAGUGUUUUGCUCGACAAGAAAAGGAGCCCAGCAGUCAGCUGCAGUUCUAGCCAAGGAUGCCCGGUUCAUAAUGAGCUUUGAACACAAGCAAAGGUUGAUGAAAUAUGCAAACUCUAUUCUGGAUUCAAAACUACGAGAUCUGAUGAUGUUAGGAGUUGGUUACCACCAUGCAGGUGUUGACCUGUCUGACAGGAAGCUGGUAGAAGAGGCCUUCGCCCUGGGAGACCUGCCUGUCCUUUUUACAACUCGGACUCUGGCUAUGGGGGUAAACCUUCCUGCUCACCUGGUUGUGAUCAAGUCAACAAUGCAGUAUGUUGCCGGCUCCUGUGAGGAGUACAGCGAGGCUGACAUCCUGCAGAUGAUAGGCCGGGCUGGGCGGCCUCAGUUUGAUACAUCAGCAACUGCAGUGAUCAUGACCAAGGUUCAAACCAGAGAAAAGUACAUGACACUUAUGAAUGGGAUUGAGAUCAUUGAGAGCAGCUUGCACGGUCACCUGGUGGAGCACCUGAAUGCUGAGAUUGUUCUCCACACCAUCAGUGAUGUCAACAUGGCUCUAGACUGGAUACGCUCCACAUUCCUCUACAUCAGAGCCCUCAAGAACCCAUCACACUAUGGUUUCUCUGUCAAUUUGGACAGAUAUGGUAUUGAAGCCAAGUUGCAAGAACUGUGUCUAAAGAACCUCAACUCACUGUCAUCCAUUGAUUUGAUCAGUAUGGAUGAGGAUAUUAACAUCAAAUCAACAGAAGCUGGCAGGCUGAUGGCGAGGUAUUGUGUUGCCUUUGAAACAAUGCAGCUGUUCAGCAAAGUAACUGGCACUGAAACACUGCCUGACUUGGUGGACCUGGUGUCAAAGAGCAAGGAGUUCAGGGACAUUCAGUUAAGAGUAAAUGAGAAGAGACCCCUGAACACUCUGAACAGAGACAAGAACAGGACCACCAUCAGAUUUCCUCUUGAGGGAAAGAUCAAAACGAGUGAGAUGAAAGUGAACUGCUUGAUUCAAGCUCAGUUGGGCUCAAUCUCAAUUCAAGACUUUGGUCUUACACAAGAGACUUCAAAGAUCUUCAGAAUCGGGAUGCGCAUCAGCAAAUGCCUGUCAGAGUUUCUUAGUCAGCAGUCUGAGACUGGCUUUUGUGCUGUGCUUAACUCCCUGAUUUUGGCUAAGUGCUUUAGAGCUAAGCUUUGGGAAAACUCGCCCUAUGUUUCCAAACAGAUGGAGAAGAUAGGUUUGACUCUGUCAACUACAAUGGUGAAUGCUGGACUCACCAGUUUCAGCAAAAUAGAGCAAACCAACCCCAGGGAGCUGGAGCUGAUUCUUAACCGACAUCCACCAUUUGGAAACCAAAUCAGAGAAUCUGUCGUACAUCUCCCAAAGUACGACAUUACCAUGGAACAGCUGCCCAGGUACAGCAGUGCCACAGCUGAGAUUGUGGUUAAGGUGAACUUACAAAACCGAGCCCAGCUGCUGUCCAGGAGAACAGCUCCAGACCAUCACUACGUCUCUCUGAUCAUAGGCAACUCUGAAAAUAAAGUAGUCUUUCUACAGAAACUCACGGACUCAUUGCUGUUGAAGAGUGGUAGCUGGACGAAAAAGAUAGAUGUGUCAAAAGCUUCAAACGGAAAUGAGAUCAGUGUCAAUCUCAUCAGCUCAGAAUAUGUGGGGCUGGACAUCCAGCUGAAGUUUCCUGUGUACUACUCUGCAGCCAAAAGGUUUGGGACUGAGAUUCCAUACAACAUAAAAGUUAUUCCUACUGGACAGAAACCUCAAGGCUGUGCUGCAACUCAAGGAGAAAAUGCCUCAUCUGCAAAAGAGCAAGAUUCAGCUGGUAAAAGACAGUGCAAUCAUUUCUGCAAGAAUAAGAAUCUUUGUGCUCAUGACUGCUGUAAAGUAGGUGUUGCUGUUGGACAGAAAAGAUCGAUGAAGCAUGAAUCCAGCUUCUCCUCCUACUUGGAAGACCUGAGGAACAGGUCUGACAUACUUGCUCAGACCCCCGUCAAACGCCUAAAAAUGAGAAUGAGUGAAGAGCCUUUGACCGUCAACAUGCAGAAGUUUGCUUACAAACCCAAGGAAAUGCUUCCCCCUGUCUCCUGGCAUGUAGGAAAUGAGUGUAAAACUGCAGACACUGACUUGACAACUGAAGACUGUGUUGAGCUGCCCGACGUAAUUUGUCUGGAUGUUCUUGACAGAGAUUCUUCAACAUGGGUUACCCUGAAAUCCAGCUCGGGCUCCAGACCACAUCUAAACCAGAUCAGCACAAGCAGCUCAGCUUCACUACAGCGGUCCACGGUGGUGUCAGAACAGAACUUCUUCUAUAAAGAUCCUUCAGCUGUCCAAAUACCAAGCGUCACUUUUGAUCUUGGAAAUGAAUGGGAUGAAUGGGGAGAUUUUGAUGAUGAAAACCUGCUCAGUGCCAGCGAGACAUCAGUACCACCAUGUAGAACCAGCGUUAAGCCUCAGACUGAGCAGCAUAUUCAAAACAACAUGUCAGGUAGCUAAAUUUUAAGUCAAAUCCAAU